AUGCCAUCAUCCCCCCUUGAGCCUGGGCAAUUCCCAGAACCAGCAGAUCUCGAAGAACAGCUCUUCCACGAGUAUCUCCAACAACGGGUGUGCCGGCGGUCCCUGAUCAAUCGGGAGUUUAAUGGUAGGGUCAGCCAGGGGUGUUUUCAGCAUGAGAAGGCCUGUGACCUCUGUCAGGUCAGGCAGGAGGAGCUUCACAUGGUCUCUGCUAGGGCUAGGGAGGCCCUUGGGGAUGGGGAAGGCCUCAGGCUGAAGCUGAAGGCAUACAUUAAGUUUUUUGAGUAUGGUAUCUGCCUCUAUUGCUUUCUGAUGACCCAAAUAAACCCAUCCCAGCCAGGAAUGGAUUAUCAUCACCAUCAUCAGCAAUGUACUCAUGCCCAAUCUCUAAUUUCCAGCUUCAACAAGCAUCGCCACCAGUUCCACUUUGAGCCUCAUGGGGGAUGCUUUCUCUGCCUACUUCCUACCAGAGCCUGUGGAAAUAGCACUAGAGAUGGAGAUCAAUGCUUUU